UAAUUAUUAAACUUGGAUCGUAGCAGCCUUAUAGGCUGUUUUCGUUAUUUUUGACACGUAAUUUUACCGGAGUUCUGUACACUAAAUUUGUCGUAUAACGGUAGAACUUUUUAAAAAUGGCCUUUUCGUCCCAGCGAAUGUUUUUAACUGUACCGUUUCGUAAUGAAGAGCCCCCUUUGCCUGAUAGGAAGCGUAGCGAUUGUCAGCUAAAAUCCUACGAAUCAUGCUCCGAUGUGAGGGCAUGGUCCUUAGACCCAAUGGUUACUUCAAAAUUCUUGUUGGACGUUACGCACAAAGCACGCUUCCAGAGAAAAUUACCACGGCCAAGCGGUGACUACCGGCUAACAAGGGCAUACCUUCAACAUCUAACCGUUGAAGAGCUAGUCGAUUACGUCAUGAGUCUCAUGUUAGAACUCAAGAAACUGAAAUCCCUAGUCCAACAAAUCGAAGUUGAACGCAAGGAUCUUGGCGAACAGCUGGUGUCCGUUCAGCAGAUGGCCGAGACAUGCGAACAGCAAAAGGAGGAACUGAUUCUCGUCCAGCAGCGCUCGACAGUUUUCGAUCCGAAUCAGAUGGAUCAGGAGAUGGUCGAAUUGCGAAACAUGAUUCUAGCUUUAAAGGACAAAGCCGAACAGUACGAUAGUGUGGCGAAAGAGAACGCCUGCUUGAAGCAGAAGUUCCAGGAGUAUUGCGGCGAGAAGCAGCGUGAACCGAGGUCCAGUUUUGACGAAGGUGCUUGCGGCGAUUCGAUUCCGGAGACUUGCGAGAAGCUGAAAGCUGAGCUUAGGCAUUAUAAGCAAAUUUAUGGUGAGAUGAAGGUGCAGAAGCGGUGCCUGAUGGAGCAACUGCAGGUGGCAAAAUUGAGAGAGUCAAGAUUUUGCGAGAUGAAAAAAAGAUUAGAUGACGAAGAAAGCAAGCGGAUUGCUUUGCAGAGUCAAUUAGACGACUUAUUGAUCGAACGUGAUUGUCAAAAUCUAGAGCUGAACCGGAAGAAUGAAUACAUAGUUUUAUGCAAUAGGAGGUUGGAAAAGGUGGAACUCGGUACUAGGCGACCAUCAAGUGCUCCUAUAGCACAAACUUAUCAACGACAAAGUAUCCAGAGGGUUUCAAGGCGGUCAACGGUACAAGAAGCGUCUAGUAGGAAAGGAAGCUUUGAGUAAUCUUUCUAGUAGGAUGUUGUACGGUAUUGCGUGUCUUAUCAGUAAAGUUAAUGUUUUGUAGAGUAUCCAGUAUUACUAAAUAAAUAAACAAAAUAUGGUUGUACAUAGUGCAGUCAUAUUGGUAAUUGAUUUAAAUAAGAGU